AUGGACUGUAUCGAUCAUAUCUCAAUAGGUAUCUUUUGGACACCGAUCAUGUGUCAUAAGGGACAAAGGAUGGAUUUCUGGAUGGGGGUCUUUGUGUUGUGUGCAGCGUGGCCAGCUGCUUUGUCCGUGACACGCUAUUCCAUCCCCGAAGAGAUGGAGAGGGGCUCUGUAGUGGCAAACCUUGCAACCGAUCUGGGACUGGAGCCUGGGGGCUUGGCACAACGAGAGGUAAAACUUGAUAUUUUCCACAACAAAAAGUAUUUGGACGUUAAUAAGAAGACAGGCGAGCUGUUCAUCGUCGAGACAAUGGACAGGGAGUAUCUUUGCCCCUCGAAACCAUCCUCUUGUCUCCUUAAGCUUGAUGUAAUAAUAGAAAGUCCAUUGCGUAUAUUUAAUAUUGAACUUGUAAUAACCGAUAUAAAUGACAAUGCACCACAUUUCAGACGAGAUAGAGUAGAACUGGACGUGUCUGAAUCGGCAACACCCGGGGAGAGAUUCUCCCUCCCCAAUGCGGUGGAUCCUGAUGUGGGAAUUAAUACAAUUAAAACCUACAAACUCAGCCCCACUGAGCAUUUUGCUAUUGAAAUCCAGACAGGCACUGAUGGAAGUCAAUAUGUAGAUCUAGUGUUAACCAGGUCUUUGGAUCGAGAGGAUACUGCGAUUCAUAAUUUAAUAUUGACAGCAGUGGAUGGAGGUAACCCAGUACGCUCCGGUACUGCCAAUAUUAUUGUGAGAGUGCAGGAUACAAACGACAACACACCUCAGUUCGACAAGCAGAUUUAUACAGUAAACAUGACAGAGAACUCUCCAAUUGGAACUACAGUGUUAAAGCUUAAUGCUACAGAUCUUGAUGAGGGGCCAAAUUCUGAGCUCGUGUACUCCUUCACGCUUUAUACGUCAGAAAAAACGCAGGAUGUAUUUGCGAUUAACCCCAACACGGGUGAGAUAACAGUGAAGGGGACCAUCGACUUUGAAGAUAUGAAAUUUUAUGAAAUGCACAUUGAGGCAAGGGACAAAGGCACCUACCCCCUCUUGGGCCAGUGUAAAGUGGUCUUACACGUCAUGGACAUGAAUGACAAUUAUCCAGAAAUCACCCUCCAGUCUGUUAAAAACACAGUAAACGAGGACGUGCCGGUUGGCACUGUCAUUGCUCUUGUGGCCAUCAGUGACAGGGACACAGGUGAUAAUGGGAAAGUUAAUUUAUUCAUCCAUGACUCAAUCCCUUUUGUUUUGAACAAGUCAUCAGAUAGACCGAUGCAUUACAAACUAAUCGUGUCCAAACCUUUGGAUCGUGAAUCAGUGCCUGAUUAUGACAUCACACUGAUUGCGAGAGAUUCAGGAAAACCACCAUUAUCGGACAAUGAAACCAUUACUCUGCAUCUUCUGGAUGUGAAUGAUAAUGCUCCACACUUCCCUCAGUCUUUUUAUACGAUUCGCGUGAUGGAGAAUAACGCGCCAGGCGCCUUACUGAGUUCUCUCAGUGCAUUUGACCCUGACCUCCAUGAGAACCAGUACCUGGUUUACUUUAUUGUAGAGAAGGAGAUAGCCAACACCUCCAUGUCAAUGUUGUUCUCCAUCAACCCUGAAAACGGUAACCUUUAUGCACUCAAGACUUUUGACUACGAAAUGGAGAAGGACUUUCUUUUCCGCAUUGAGGCCAGAGACUCUGGUUCUCCUCCACUCAGUAGCAUCGUGAGCGUCCACAUUAUCAUCGUGGAUCAGAAUGACAACGUUCCAGUUAUCGUUUCUCCGUGGCGAGCGCACGGCUCAGUGGUGGAAGAGAAGAUCCCCAGGUCCACUGAUAAAGGCUCUCUGGUGGCCAAGGUUAUAGCGCUGGAUGGAGAUUCUGUGCACAAUUCUCGCAUCAGCUACCAGUUCCUGCAGGUGAGCGAUGCCUCUUUAUUUAGUUUGGACCAGUACAACGGAGAGAUCCGUACCAUGAGAAUGUUUAGUUACAAAGACUGGCAACACCAUAGACUGGUUGUUGUUGCCAAGGAUAACGGGGAGCCUGCUCUUUCAGCUACAGUCACCAUCAAGCUGUCCACGGUGGAAACUGCUUUAAAGGCCUCCUCGGACAUGACCGAGAUGCCUCUGGAAUAUGAUAUCUUCUCAGACCUCAAUUUCUAUUUGGUCAUCGGUCUGGGCUCGGUGUCCUUCCUGCUACUUAUCACUAUUUUGGUAACCAUUGUUCUCAAGUGUCAGAAGGUUAAGCCUAGCAAAACAGCUCCACCCUGCAGGAACAGUGUAAUCAGUGAAAGGAACUCGACCAUUGCAGAUUCAACUCUGGUUUCCAACGAUGCCUACUGGUACAGUCUGUUUCUAGCGGAAACCAGGAAAGGAAAGCUGGUGGUCAGACAGCCCGUGCCAAAGGGCUCCAGAUACAUCGUGUCCAGUAUCCCCAGGAGCACAGGAGUGUCGGAGACAAGUGAUUCCGCUCCUUCUACUUUGCAGGUAAAUACACUUUAUAUCCUGUUACCUGUUGUUUGA